AUGGGUAAUUCAAACUCAUCUCGAAAAUUGUCCCGCAACAAACUUUCAAAGAAAAAAUCCUUACAAAAGUUAACCAGUUCUGAUUCUACAAAACAACAACAAAUAUGGAAUCCGUCUUUAAAUUUUCAUAUACCAAAGAAUGAACAAGAUAUUGAUAGAAUGCAGGCUGAACAUUUUUUAUUCCAACAUAUCUGGAAGUGUGACUUUUCUCCUCCAAUCGAGCAAGUACUUAAAUCUGGUAAUGCAAAAGUACUAGACAUUGGCUGUGGUCCCGGAACUUGGCUCCUAGCUACGAGCCUGAAGUAUCCAUUAACACAGUUCUAUGGAAUAGAUAUCGCAUCAGUAUUUCCUAAAGAAAUCAAACCAGAGAAUUUAGAAUUCAUCCAAUCAGAUCUCACUAAUGGUAUUAGAUUCAACGAUAAUCAUUUUGAUUUUGUACGGAUGAAUCUUAUGUCAACAUGUCUUCAAGAAGAUCAAUGGGUUCAUGUUAUGGAAGAGUUGGUACGAGUAUUAAAACCUGAUGGUUAUAUUGAGAUAAUGGAACCUGAAUUCCAAUUUUAUAAUAUCGGUCCUUAUUUUUCUAAAUUGAAUUCAUGUUUAAUAAAUUUUAUAUCAUCAACGGGUGCCAACGUUUAUAUAACGCAAAAAAUCGAAUCACUACUCAAUAUGUCAAAUUUCCAAGCUUCGUCAUCUCAAACAGAUAUAAAUCUAAGUAACACAUUGUCAAAAUUAACUGACAUUCACUCUGACACACGAACAAUUCCAAUAGGUGGUGUUCAUGGUUGUAAAAUCGGUAAAAUUUAUGAAGAACUCUUAGGAAUGUAUUUCGAAAACACCGUUGUUGAUGUAUUACCUUGGUAUAUGGGAAUGAGCCGCGAGAAUUAUCUGGAAUUGUGGAAAUUGUGUCAAGAGGAAUUUAAAAAUUAUGCAAGUUUUACGAAUUUGGUUAAGUUUUGGGGAAGGAAAAUUCCUGAAUAA